GCGCAACGUUAGCCAGUGGCAGGCAGCCGACACAGCAUUAAUUGGCAGCGAGUGAACAGCGAAUGAGCGGUGAAUACGCGGUGAAUUCGCGGUUCGUGCGAAUCGUAUUUCACUUGGGCGGUUUUCACCCCGGUAUGCACUCUCGCCCAUCCGUAUUCCCCUUCGUGAAACGGACAGCCGCUCUUCGCAGCGCCAAGUUAGCCACCUUUCAAAAGAUGCGUACAUAGGUGUGCUCCUAAGGGGGGGAUAACACACUUGCUAAAGCGGCACCCCCUCAACAUUUUCCCCCCAAAAAAGGGAGGAGGUACACUCUCCUUUUCUUUUUUUUGUGGCUGCUUCCCCCGCCUACCGUUUACCUUUUGCCGAUACGUAUUCCCUCGGGAGAGUGCCAAUCGCAUUCCACCUGAGCAGUAAAAAAAGGAAAACGAAGAAGGCACACAAUGAAUAGCACCCCGUGUGACAAUGUGCUGCAUGCCAGGUCGUACCGACUGAGCCUGGAUGACAUCCAGAACCUGGGGUCCCUUUAUUUUUUCGAGAACAAUAGGAAGGUCGCCAAGUACAAUGAGGAGAUCAGCCUGCUCAAGCAACAACUGACCUACCUGAAUGAGAAAAUGGGAAAAUGUGGAUACGUGCACAAGGUUAUCGAGCCCGCGAAGCCCUCCGAGCUGACCUUCUGGUGCUACGAGCUGAAGGAAAUGAAGGAGUUCCAAGACCUGGUGAUGUACGAAAUAAAGAAGAAGAAAAAGCAGUUCAAAAUUUUGAGUCAGAGCUGCGUGAAAUACCUGAGCAACCGAGAGAAGAUAAAACAAAAGAAACAGGAAGAGGAGGAGAAGCGACUGAAGACCCACUCCAAACACAUCUCGUCCUACAUGGAUCUCUUUUGGAAAAAAAUUGAAAAGUUAGUUUGGGAAGAGAAGAAGAGGGAGUUGCAGAAAACGCUAAACAAAAAAAAGGAAAUGAGAUUUAAAAAGUUUGUAAAGGACGCUAUUAAAAAAAUUAAAAGAGCUAGACAGGACAAUGUGCAUGAGCUGUUCGUCAAUCGACACGCCAGUAUAAGCUCGUGCAACCCCAGUGAGAACGUUACGUUUUCUUCGCACCUGGGCCCCACGGGGGGGAGCAACGACCGGAGCAGCGUGGGCAGCAGCAAAAGGGUCAGCCGGAUGAGCAGCGAGGGGGUUAGCAGGUUAAGCGGCGAAGGCGCUAGCAGGUUGAGCAGGGUAAGCGGCGAGCGGGUGAGCAGGCGAAGCAGCAAACGAGUGAGCGCGGGCAGCACCGCGAGGAGCAGCGCGAACGACACCGAGAGCGGCGGCCUGCACAACCUGGCGGACGACGAGCUGAAGGAGGAGGACCUGACCAACCAGGAGGAAGAAGACGUCUUGCUGGACGAGCAGAUGGAGUCGAGCGACGAGUCGGAGGAAAAGGGGAAGGAAAUCAGCCUCCUGGACGACGAGGCCAGCAUGCCUAUUGAGGAGCUGCUCAAAAGGAUUUACGGCUUUAAGAGCGGCGAGCAGUACCUGGAUUUGAUGCGCCAGGGGGAGGGAGCGGCUGAUGAGGGGGAAGCAGCUGAUGAGGGGGGAGCGGCUGAUGAGGGGGAAGCAGCUGAUGAGGGGGGAGCGGCUGAUGAGGGGGAAGCGGCUGAUGAGGGGGAAGCGGCUGAUGAGGGGGGAGCGGCUGAUGAGGGGGGAGCGGCUGAUGAGGGGGAAGCGGCUGAUGAGGAGGAUGCCGCUGCUGAAGGGGACGCCGCUGCUGAAGGGGAACCCCCCCAGGGUGUAGACGGCGAGUCGAGCGAAGCGAAGCCGAAGGAGAAGAAAAGAAAGUUCGAAGAAGCGGAGGAGGCAGCCCCGCCAGCCGAAGACAACCUGACGAAGAAGAGCAACUCGUGCAGCGGGCGGAGGAAGAAGCGGAGGAAGAGGAAGAAACGGAGCAGAAGUCACCACGGCAAGGAGGGCCCGAUGGGCCCCGAAAGGGACAGUGAAGGGGAGGAAAGCGAUUCGUCCGUGUCUAGCACCUCCAACGAUGAUAUGCUGAUGUGCAACAUGCAGGAAAAGCACUUAACUAAAAUACCGCCAUUCAUAAAGGCGACGCUGAGGGAUUACCAGCACGCCGGACUGCACUGGUUACUAUAUCUUUACAAGAAUAAUAUUAACGGAAUUUUGGCGGACGAAAUGGGGUUGGGGAAAACGCUGCAGUGCAUUUCUCUUUUGAGUUACCUGGCCUACCACUUUGACAUAUGGGGGCCGCACCUGAUCAUCGUGCCGACGUCAAUCCUCAUCAACUGGGAGAUCGAACUGAAGAGAUUUUCCCCGUGCUUUAAAAUCCUCUCCUACUUUGGAAACCAAAAUGAAAGGUACAAAAAGAGAGUCGGCUGGUUCAACAAGGACUCCUUCCACGUGUGCAUAUCUAGCUACUCCACCAUUGUUAAGGACCACAUCAUUUUUAAGAGAAAGAGGUGGAAAUACAUCAUUUUGGAUGAAGCACAUAAUAUAAAAAAUUUUAAUACGAAGCGGUGGAAUAUCAUUUUGAGUUUGAAGAGAGAAAAUUGCCUUUUAGUGACUGGCACUCCGUUGCAGAACAGCUUGGAGGAGUUGUGGUCCCUUCUGCACUUCCUCAUGCCCAACAUUUUUACCUCCCAUUUGGAUUUCAAGGAGUGGUUUUCGGACCCCUUAAACUUGGCCAUACAGAAGAGCAAAAUAAAUGACUCGAGAGAGCUCAUCGACCGUCUGCACACAGUAAUAAGGCCCUACAUUUUGAGGAGGCUAAAGAAAAACGUGGAAAAGGAAAUGCCAAAUAAGUAUGAGCAUAUAAUAAAAUGUAAGUUGACGAGGAGACAGCAAGUCCUCUACGAUGAGUUCAUUCAAAAUAAGCAGGUCCAAAACACUCUUAGUAGUGGCAAUUACAUUGGCCUGAUGAACAUCCUCAUUCAGCUCCGAAAAGUUUGUAACCAUUGCGAUUUGUUUACGAAUAAGCAUAUUCAGACGCCUUAUUAUUAUCUCCUCCCGAUCACUUUUUACAUUCCCCGUUUUUGUGUCCUCUUUGAAAGGACCUACCACCUUGACUUUCACCUCAUUUUGUUCCUCCACAAGGAGUUCACCUCUUUGGGGGGCCUGCCCCGUCGUCGAGAGGCGGGUGGGCAGAGCGCAUCAAGGGGUGGCGCCGAUCGGAGUAGGAAUGGAUUUGUUACUCUCCUUCAAAGGGACCUCUCCUCACUGGGUUCCCCCCAUUCGUUUGCCGCACACCAGAGGGGCACCCCAAGUGAUUCCACCCAGAACCUGGUUGAUGCUAUCCCCCUGCAGCCCUUCCCAAAAGGGGAGCCAUUCCUGCACCCCCCCCCUGGGGACACUCUCGACGGACCGCAAUUUGGGCAACCCGUGGGAGGUGCUCCCAACGAGAUAACGAGUGAGCCGUACAGCCCCGCCCAGGCCAUCUGCUCAGUUAAACGAAGCAGCUCUUCCAUCGGUAGUGUCACUGGGAAGAAGAGGCCACGUUCCCCAAGUGGGGAAUCCUUAACGAAGGUGAAUUGUCUCCCAAAUGGGCUGAACAGCGGGGGUGCUUCCCCUGAGGAGAUGCAAACUCCCUUUCGUGGUAACACGCACCGCGGUGGUGUACCUCCAAGAAAUAUUGAAGAUGUAAACACGUACGUCAGCAACCAAGUAAAGAGGAGAAGCAUUCCCAAAAACUUGCUCACCUAUUCGGACGAGUUCGUUUGCGAAAUGAAUAACAACUAUGACAUUCUAAGUCUCUUUAUCGACCCUUUUAAUAAGCACAGCUGCUACGAUGAGUACCUCUACCGAACGAUGAAGGACGUCUCUCCGUGUGGCGUGGCCUCUGCGGGGGAUCCCCUCAAUAAGGCUGCCCCCAAUAAAGUCGCCCUGAACAAAGCCGCCCUCAGCAAGCCCCCCCCCAACGAGGCGCUACACAACCGCAGUAGGAACCUCCUCUACAGGAACAACCUGAAGAUCAUCAACAUCGACACGCAGUAUAGAAACUUCUUUUCGGACGAGUCGAACCAGAGCUACCUAAAUUCACUCGAGCACAACUUGUGGAUUAAGAGGCAACGUCGAUUUGAGGAGAAAGACAGGAGGAGGGAGGAGCGGCUCAAAGAGACCUUCUUCAGUGAGUACAGUUUGCUAAAGAACAGCCGGACCCCUCUGUUUGGGGCGAACCUGCUGAGCUUGCUUAGGCGUGAGUUCUCCGCGGAUGGGUUCGUCCCCUACCACUCGAGCAAUAAUUUGCCGGUGGACCGUUCGCUCAUGCGGGAGGUGCGCUCCGCGGAUGUGGCGAACUCGGCGGGUGAAAAUGACGCGAACGCGGUAGGCGUGAUUGACCCGGUUAUUUCCACCUCUGUGAUUGCCGCGGUAACUCCCACCGGGGUGCCCCCCCUGGAGGCGCUGUUCCCCACCAUGGAGCUCUUCCUGAAGACGCGCGAGCGCGAAAUCCACAACUUCACGGUGCUGAACACGCCCGCGGUCAUCUGCAGCAGCCACAAAAUCGCGGUCAACAACACUCUGCUGCAGAAUGGUAGCUACCUAGAGCCCAUCCUCCACAGGAUCAAAGUAGCCACAAGGGUCUACCACCAACCCUUCCACAAGCAGUCCAUCAUCUUCCCCCUAAACAAGGACAUAACCCUGGGCAGUGGAAAAUUGUUCGCCCUAGAAAAGCUAUUAAAUAAAUGCAAAAGGGAAGGAAACAAGUGCUUGCUCUUCACCCAGUUUAUUAAAAUGCUAGACAUUCUAGAGGUCUUCCUCAACCACUUGAAUUACACAUUCAUUAGGUUAGACGGAUCAACCAAAGUGGAGCAAAGGCAAAAGAUCGUAACCAAAUUUAACAAUGACAAAUCGAUUUUUCUUUUUAUAUCUUCCACACGAAGUGGCAGCAUAGGCAUCAACUUGACGGCAGCCAACGUCGUAAUCUUCUACGACACUGACUGGAACCCCUCCAUCGAUAAGCAGGCCAUGGACAGGUGCCAUAGAAUCGGGCAAACGAAGGAUGUGCACGUCUUCAGGUUCGUCUGCGAAUAUACUGUAGAGGAGAACAUUUGGAAGAAGCAACUCCAGAAGAGGAAGCUAGACACCAUCUGCAUAAGCAUGGGCAAUUUUAGCAACCUGAAUAGUAGGUCCCUCCUCGGCGGGGGUGACUCCUCCCUUAGGGGGGAUAACCCCCCCCUUGGGGGGGAGAAGAACGACCCCUCCAGUGGCAGUAAAGUCUCCCACCAGAAUGUCCCCCCAAGCAUUGCCGAAGUGCUAAACGGGGGGAGAACUCCCAUGCCUAGCAGCGACUCUGCAAAUAAAGACUGGUUCGCUAACGUAGAUACCAUUAAAGAAAUAUUUGUUAACAAAAGGAACAACGAUGAGGAUGAGGACAUCUACAAGGACAGGCUCUUACACGAGCACGUGGAUGAAGCUGAUAAGACCAACGUGCGAUUUGAGAAGACCCUAGAGCAUGUGGAGGACAAGGACGACAUCAACGCCCUGCAUGAAAAUAAGAAGGAGACCCUCAACGCUAUUUCGCAGGACCUGCAGGAAUUCACCAACAGAAAUGACUUCCAAGACACCUACACCCUCACGUCCUACUGCUUCAACUUCCUCAGCGAUAACCUCACGGAUGGGCUGCGCCAGCAGAUCGACGAGAUGAAGAUGAAGAUAGAAAUUGAGAUGAUGAACGUGGGGGGGGGUGGGGAGGACGACGAGGAGGAUGGGGAGGAUGAGGAUGACGAGGAUGAGGAGGAUGGGGAAGACGACGGCGAUGGCGAUGACGAUGAGGACAACCCCACCCUCGACGAGGCGUCCCCGUCGUCGUCCACCGAAACGGACGGUUUGCCCCGCGAGUGA